CGUGCCUCCUCCGGCCACCACUUUUAUUACAUCUGACCAGCAGCAGCAUGGAGUCGGUGGAGAUUAGGAGAACAAAAGUGGUGUUUGGCCUCGAGCGGGCUGCAGUUUCCGGCCGUCCUUUGUGAGAGCGAAAUGAGCCUUUUGAAAUUCCUGCUCGGCGCCAAGUUCAGCCAGCGCAAGAAAUGGCGCAAGAGGAAGGACGAAGAGACGCUCAAGCUGGCCAAAGUCGACCUUUCCGACCCGCAGCAGAAACGGCAGCUCAUGAACUGCAUUGCCUACAGCCCCGGGAUACGGAGCGACGACGAGGCGCGCUUUGUCGAUAUCUGGGCGAACGAUUCGCUCACCUCCGAGGAAUGCUCCACCGAGAACGUCGUCACCGUCGUCGAGGUCCACCCUGAGCACGGUGACGAGACGCAGGACGAACUCGACCCUGAGGAGGGAAACUCGGAGCAAGAGGCUGAAAAGGAGGAAAUUAUUUUCUUGCCAGAAAAUAGUGAGCAACUUUUGGAUACUCAAGAAAUUUACCAAGAAACGGACAAGGACAAAGACUGCUUAGAGAAAAUAGAGGAAAGCACUGAUACUGAUACUAAGCUUAAAGAAGCGCCACCGGAAAGCGCGGCCUCAUCUUGUGACUCGGACGACGAAGACCAAAUCGUGCCGACGAGCGGCUCUUCCGAGUCAACAGGGUCGACAAGCCUGACGCCCGCCCUGUCCAUCGACAUGGAGACGCAGACGGACGAGGUGCCGGCCGCCGUGUCGCUGCGGCCAAACCACCGCUACUCGGGCGGCCACGAAAUGCGCCUGCUCUCGGUCGCCCUCAGCGAACUCGAGGCCGAGAUGGCCGCGGCCAAGCAGCAGCCCAGGGCGUGCAGCUGCUCCGCCGCCAACCCCAAACCAGCACCACCCUCGCCCAACGUCGCCUUCACCCUUGAAAAAAAUCGUCAGAUUGCACGGGAAAACGCAAAUUUGCUGAGCAGACUGCAAAGGACCCAGUCGAAAAUCAAAAGACAGACCGCUCUGCCCUUCCGGCCGACGGAAUCCAGUUACGCCAUCAACCGAAGGAAACAACAGGAAAAGAUUGAAAGAGAAAACUUGAUCAUCCUGCGGAAAAUAACUGAUGCGCGUGGCAGGGCCAAGAGAAGGGCCAGCACAGAGAGGAGCACCGCUGUCUUCUCUUCCUACUGCUGAGAACUCAAAUCGAUCAUUUAAAUCUUACAAUGAUGAACUGCAGUCUUAAUAAGAAAGCUUUUCUGGCGCCAUAGAAAUUUUCCGGUGAAAAUGGAUAAAAUUGAAUUUUGUGCAAGUUUUCAAUUCGGAAAAUAAAUUCCAAUUAACAGCGCAAGUUUCAUUUUUAAGCAGGUCGGUUUGAUUUUUUACUGUAAAUAUUGUCUUCAUAAAAGUUUAUUGGACGUUGGAUUAAGUAUAUAUUAUUCGUCCAAUUAAUAUUAAGUAGCAGAACUUCAAAUUUUAACUUUCAUUUCGGUGCACACAAAAAUUAUGUUUUUUUACAGCACACAAGAAACGCAACGCUCGUAAAAUUUGCCAAAUAAUUUUUUCUUGUUAUUGGAAUAAGCAGAGGUUAAAAUAAUUGUGGCUUAAGUUACGUUUCUUCAAUUAAAAGAAUAAAUUCGCAAAUCUUGUAAAUUUGUUUUGAAUCAUUGGGAACAUUAAGGGAUACUUCAGAUUAUCUUGGUGAGCCGAAGGCUGGGCCACCUGUUCUUCCUGAAUGGCAGCCACCUGCGCAGGGGCCAGAGCAGGCUGAAUCGGGACCACUGCGUUUGCUGCUUCCCA